UUUAUACUUCAUUGCUCAAAUGAUAAUAAAUUGAGUAUUAAAACAACUAUUUAAGAAAUAUUAUAUUAAUUCGUGAUUGAAAGUGAUAUUUUAUGGUCAAAUUUACUUUUAUUUAUAUACGGUAUUUUAUUUUUCAAUAUAAUUUACCUACUUUUUUCAAUGACAUCAAAAAAGAAUACCUUGUUAUCAUUUUUCACAAACAAUAAAAAAAUUCGAAGAGAAAAUGAAAAUAACGAGACUGAAGUGAACUCACCAGUAAGAAAAAUUACAGAAGUAAACAAGUCUGCAUGUACCACCAAUUCUUUAGAAAGUUUUAGUGAGGCAUCGAAUUCACGAUUACAGCAAGAUGAUUUUAUUUGUGAAAAUAAUCAAACGCUCGGCAAUGCUAAUGACAUAGGUUAUUUUGUAGAAUGUUUAUCUUUAACAGAUGCUGAUAAAAAGCUUGUAAGUUACAUACUAGUUGAUAAAUUAUUUCAAUACUUAACACUUUAAUAUUUAUUGAAUUAGUAUUUUUUUUAAAUUAUGCAUAUUUAUUUUUAUUUAAUGUCUAUAUUUUAAAUUUAAUUUUAUAAUAUUUAUUAAAACUAAUUAGUUUGUUAUUUAAAAUGAUAUUUAUUCAAGGUGCUAACUAAUCUAUGGGUACCAGAUGUUGAAUAUAAAUUCCCAUUGCUUGCAAAAAAUGAAAAACGUGGCUUAAGAUUUCAGCAUAAAUGGCUAAAAGAAUUUAAUUGGCUGGC